AUGGCUGGCUCCUUCACAAACAUCAAAGCUAUCUCUACUCUCUCUACUCUUGUUACUGAUGGUUUCUUCAAUUCUCUUACUAGACGAGGAUACGCGGCGGCGGCAGCAACACAAAACGCGACAAGAGGAGUAGCAACCUCCGUCAGCGGCAAGAUGGCAGCACCGAAAUCAGGGACAGACAAGGUGGCAAAUAAAGAAAAGGUGUCGUGGGUUCCGGACCCUGUCACUGGUUACUAUAAACCGGAGAACACCAACGCGGUUGAUGUUGCUGACUUACGAGCCACGGUUUUGGGCAAAAAGUGA